GGGCUCCGCAGACGUAGUUGUUGCAAUCAUGGCGACGCUCCGAAGAGAUCACGGAGAUUGAAAAUACUAGUGCUUUUAAUUCUAAUCCGCCCCUAGCCUCUCUGUAACGAUGUGUUGGGGUUAGCGAGAGCCCCCGAGGCCUAGCGGGAAGACCAUGUUCCCAGAGGCAAGCCUGUCCUUCUGGGGAUGGGGAGGCCUCGGAGUCGUACUCUUCUUUAUCACCUUUGGACCCUUUGCCAUCUUCUACUUGGCUUUUUACUUCCUCUGCUUCAUUGGAGGGGGCUUUGCCGUGAUUCUCCUUUAUGGAAAGAUCAACUCAGAGAAGCACCUGGAGAGCUGUGAACACUCCUAUCUGCCACCCACAGCCACUGGGAUCAUGAUGACACUGGAGGAGAUGAAGCUGGAGCUGAAGACCCCGAAGAUCGACCGCAGACUGACAGGCUCCAGUUUCAUCGACGAGCCUCUGCAGCAGGUGAUUCAGUUUGCUCUGAGGGACUACAUUCAAUACUGGUACUACACUUUGAGUGAGGAUGAGUCCUUCUUGCUGGAGAUUCGGCAAACCCUGCAGAAUGCACUGGUGCAGUUCUCCACACGGUCCAAGGAGGUGGACUGGCAGCCAUACUUCACCACUCGCCUGGUGGAUGAUUUUGCCACUCAUUUACGAGUGUUUGGGAAAGCGCAGGACCGGCUUGCAGAGAGGGAUGACAAACAGGGGGACAUGCUGGAGGAGAUGGUGGACUGGUUCUUUGAAGCUGAGGUCGAAAUGGAGAGGACGGUGUGCAGAGACAUGGUGUGCACAAGCCCCAAAGAUGAAGAGGGUUUCCUGCGUGACCUGUGCGAGUUACUCCUCUACCUACUACUACCUCCUGGAGAUUUUCACAACAAGAAUAUGAGAUACUUCCUGAGAGAGGUCCUGGCCUGUGGAGUCCUCCUCCCUCUCAUUCACCAGCUCAGUGACCCAGAUUACAUCAACCAGUUUGUCAUCUGGAUGAUCCGGGACUCGAGCUGUAACUAUGAAGCCUUUAUGAGCAUACUGAAGCUGAGUGACAGAGUGGCCGAGCUGGAGGCUGUCAAAGACAAGGUUUUGGAGGAACUGCAGUAUCUACGCUCUCUUGACACAGCAGGAGAUGACAUCAAUGUCAUCAAGAACCAGAUCAACAGCCUGCUGUUUGUGAAGAAAGUGUGUGAAAGCCGCAUCCAGAGACUGCAUUCUGGAAAGGAAGUGGAUGCAUUGAAGUUGGCAGCCAACUUUGGAAAGUUAUGUGUCAUCCCUCUGGAUCACAUAUUGGUCCACAACAUAGCACUGCAGUUCUUUAUGGACUUCAUGCAGGCAGCUGGGGCCCAGGCUGAGCUCUUCUUUUGGCUCACGGUGGAAGGCUACAGGGUGACCGCACAGCAGCAGCUGGAGGCCAUGCAGCUGUGGAGUCGAGAUGGGAGAAAGCAGCCUGCCACCACUAAGGGCCUUCUGAAGGCUGCAGCACUGGGUGUCUUUGAGCAGUACCUGUCUGAGAAGGCAUCUCCCAGGGUACAAGUGGAUGAAAUGUCAAUCACCAAACUUGGAGAGAAACUGCAGAAGGAUGAGCCCACUCCAGAGAUCUUUGAUGACAUCCAGAGAAAGGUGUAUGACAUGAUGCUCCGGGAUGACCGUUUCUACCCCUCCUUCAAACAGAGCCCCCUGUAUGUGCGCAUGUUGGCAGAGCUGGAUAUGCUGAAAGAACCCAGCUACAGGGGCUCGGACGACGGGGAGGGAGAGUCUUAUAAUGGCUCACCCACUGGAAGUCUCAACUUGUCUCUGGAUGAACUGUCCAACUCCUGCCAUGAUGAGUCUAUGCAUCUCCACGCCUUCAUCUCAGACACAGUGGCUGAUGCUUUUGUCCCGGGCCUCUGGACUGCCACAGGGGUGUGUAAUGACCAUGGUAAAACCUAUGCGCUGUACGCCAUCACAGUCUUCAGGCGCAAUGUGGACGGCAGUGAGGACUGCUGGAAGACAUACCGCCGCUACUCGGACUUCCACGACUUCCACAUGAGGAUCCUAGAACAGUUUGAAAAUCUAGCAUCCAUUUUAAGACUACCAGGCAAAAAGACCUUCAACAACAUGGACCCAGAAUUCUUGGAAAAGAGAAAAAAAGACCUCAAUGCAUACUUGCAGUUGCUGUUGAACCCAGAGAUGGUGAAGGCCUGUCCUGCUCUCAUUCCUCAUGUGUAUGACUUUCUGGAGAAUAAAGCCUACAGCAAAGGCAAGGGAGAGUUUGCACGCAAGAUUGACACCUUUGUAAACCCUUUGAGAAGCUCCAUGAGAAACGUGUCUAAUGCUGUGAAAGCGCUGCCUGACAGUUUGGCUGAGGGCAUGAACAAAGUGUCAGACAACAUGGGCCGUAUGUCUGAACGACUGGGCCAAGACAUCAAGCAGUCUAUCUUCAAGGUGCCUCCGCUCCUCCCGAAGCCUGAAAUGGACCCAGAGCAUUGCCGCGUGUCUGCACAGCUAGAUGAUAAUGUGGAUGACAACAUCCCAUUGAGAGUCAUGCUGUUGCUCAUGGAUGAGGUGUUUGACCUUAAAGAGAAGAACCAGUGGCUGCGGAGGAACAUCAAGAACCUGCUCCAGCAACUGAUCAGGGCCACCUAUGGAGACACCAUCAACAGGAAAAUAGUGGAUCAUGUCGACUAUAUGACAUCGCCGGAGCAGGUUGCUGACUAUGUGAAGAAGUUCAGAGACUCGUAUUGGCCAAACGGGAUCCUGGCUGAAACCCCUCCACGCAGGGACAAGAAUGUCCAGAUGAGGACCCGAGUGGCAGCCAAAACCAGUCUGCUGGGCAUUAUGCCAGAUGAGCUGAAGCACAUCAUCGGGGCUGACACCACACGGAAAGGCAUCCUGCGGGUCUUUGACAUGUUCCAGUACCAGCCCAUGAAUCGCCGCCUGGUCUAUGUCUUCCUGGAGGGCUUUUUAGAGACCAUGUUUCCCCAGUACAAAUUCCCUGAGCUCUUUGUAAAACUGCACUCCCGCUCACCGCGCAUCCAUAGAUACAGUCAAAAACUGAAGCCCUGCACUCUGAAGAGGUGACAGGAGCAGCCCGCUGUGACCUGACAGGAGCGGCCCAGUGACAGGAGCAGCCCAGUGACAGGGGUGGCCCUCUCUGAGCUCUCACAUGGCGACUGACACACCGGACUUGAAGGUGUGGUGGCUAGAAUGGGCGAUUACAGCACCAAAUUAACAUCAUGGAUUUGUGGAGACAGAUGCUCCAGUUAUGGGGAGGCGAACAGUGCUGCUGCUUUUGCUCCCGGGUGGAGACUCUUUAAAGCCGUAAACGGUUGCAUUUGAGACACUCCUGCCUUACCUUCCUACUCCUGUCCAUGUUCUGAACCUUAGAAGAUUAGAAACCAAAUAUGUCAGUAACACUGAGCAAAGGCUCAGAUGUUUCUGAAGUGUUUUAGGUGAACAUUUGCUGAAGUGUUUAGAGUUUAGAACGUUAGUGUGGAGACUGAGCUCAGAAUGUCCUCUCUGUGAUAGAGAAGUGUGCUUGUGUGUGAUUUCUGCGCGUGUGUGUGCGUCCUUUCUGUGAUAGAGAAGUGUGUGUGAUUUCUGCGCGUGUGUGCGUCCUCUCUGUCAUAGAGAAGUGUGUGUGAUUUCUGCGCGUGUGUGUGUCCUCUCUGUCAUAGAGAGGUGUGUGUGAUUUCUGCGCGUGUGUGCGUCCUCUCUGUCAUAGAGAAGUGUGUGUGAUUUCUGCACGUGUGUGCGUCCUCUGUCAUAGAGAAGUGUGUGUGAUUUCUGCGCAUGUGUGCGUCCUCUCUGUCAUAGAGAAGUGUGUGUGAUUUCUGCACGUGUGUGUGUCUCCUCUCUGUGAUUGAGUGUGCCUGUGUGUGCAUGUGUAUGUCCUCUCUGCCAGUGUAUAUGCAUGUCUGUGUGUAUGCUUUCUGCGAGUGAGAAGUGUGUAUGUGUGCGUGUCUUUCGCUAAUGAGACGUGUGUGUGCUGUUGGGGGGGGGGGGGGGGUCCUUGUGUGAAGAAAACAUCUGAACUUCUAUUUUAAUGACUUUUAUUCAUCUUCACUUUGUGCAAUAUUUUUCUAUAUGGGUGCAUUGCAUGUGCAUUAAAGUAUAUAUUUGAAUAGGACCCCAUUUUCUUAUAGACCUUUUAAAAGUUUUGAAACAAAUACAUUCUAAAUUCCAGAAUUGAGGCAAUAAAUGAUUUGUUUGUUUGUUUAAUAUGAGAUUAGGAGAGACACUUUGUAUUUUAAACUUUUAUCAAAAAUCCAGCGUUGUUGCUUAUUUUUGUUAUUCAAUUAAUCAGUUUUAUGGUUUAUUCUCUUUGCCCCCAUUCUGGAAUUUGUAGUGUUUUGAGGACAUUUUAAAGGGUCUACAAGGUUUUCUGUGACUAUACAACAUUCCUUUGUGUGGCUGAUGUCUCCAGGUGGACCGGCUGCUGCUGUGUGUUCUCCUGUUCCAGCUGUGUGCUCUUUGGCAACAGGGCAGUGCCACUUUGUCAUUAACAGAGAUUGGCAGAUGCCCACGUACUCAAAUCAACCAUGAGCACUUACUGACAACAGUUGUACAUAUCUGUGUACAGUUUGUGUGGGUGUGCCUAAAUGUAUUGUCAAUUCUGUUUUCUUAUUUUUCUUUAACCAAAAAAAGUCCAUGAUGUCACAUCAUUUUAUGUGACUGAAAAUGACUUGUGGGUGUAUUUUUUUUGCCUCAUGCUUUUGAUUACUGUGAGCAGCAGUAUCACACUAAUAAAGUUACUAGUGAGCCGCUGUGUGGCUAAAUCC